CCCAAAAAAGAGCUUUGCGUUUUCCUCAAGAACUAGAAAAAGCGCUUCUCUUUUCAGCUGAAACACAAAACCCCUCAAAGUCUCAAACAUGGCUUUCCACCACCACCACCAAACCCCUCACGAAAUGGCCUUCCACGGCUCCUUCCCGGACACCCAACAACCCCCUCAGCUCGCCCCCACGUGGCUCAACGCGCCGCCGUUCCGCUCCUCGCCGUCCGGGAAAAGCGGCGAGGAGGACGGCGAGGAUGAGAUGGAGGGCGAGAGCGGGAGGUUCAAAGCCGACAUAGUGGGACACCCUCUGUACGAACAGUUGGUCUCCGCACACGUGUCGUGCCUGAGGAUCGCCACGCCGGUCGACCAGCUGCCGAAGAUCGACGAGCAGCUCGUGCAGUCGCAGCGCGUGGUGGACAAGUACUCGGCGAUGAGAGCCAACGGCGAGUUCGGAGUCCUGGAUGAGAAAGAACUUGACAUGUUCAUGACAAACUAUGUUCUGUUGCUGUGUUCCUUCAAAGAACAACUGCAGCAACAUGUUCGAGUUCAUGCCAUGGAAGCAGUCAUGGCUUGUUGGGAGCUUGAGCAAUCUCUACAAAGCUUGACAGGUGUGUCAACGGCUGAGGGCACAGGGGCUACAAUGUCUGAUGAUGAUGAACAAUUCGACGGUGACAUUAGCUCAUAUGAUGCAAGUUUAGAUGGACAUGACACCAUGGGAUUUGGUCCUCUCAUGCCAACUGAAAGUGAGAGGUCUCUGAUGGAGCGUGUAAGGCAAGAAUUGAAGCAUGAACUGAAACAGGGCUACAAGGAAAAGAUUGUUGACAUUCGAGAGGAAAUUCUGCGUAAGAGAAGAGCAGGGAAACUUCCUGGUGACACCACUUCUGUGUUGAAAGCUUGGUGGCAAACACAUUCCAAAUGGCCUUACCCAACUGAGGAAGACAAAGCGAGGCUGGUGCAGGAAACAGGGUUGCAAUUGAAGCAGAUCAAUAACUGGUUCAUCAAUCAAAGAAAAAGGAAUUGGCACAGCAACCUCUCCACAACUUCUGUUUUGAAGAGCAAGCGCAAGAGGUGAUGGCAACAGUCAACGACUCAAGUAACCGACACUUUUAACUAAUGGAAAGAUGGAAUUCUAGCAUCAGAAAUGGGCUCAUAUUUAGUUUUAAGUUUAUUUCUAGUACAGUAAAACGUUAGACCAGUCUAUGGUGCUGCCGCCUCAUGCCCUCAAUCACUUCCGAGUCUGGCACCAUUCUAAUACCACCACCAUCUCAUCAAAUGUUUAAGUAUGUAACAGGAAGUUCAGGAACAAACUCAAAGGAGGCUGUCUUUGGGUCUAGAUAGAGUUUUUGACUUUUUGUAA